AGUGAAUGGUAGCUUUAUUUAUGAGCAGUUUACAUAUUCGAUUAUGCAGUUUUCCAUAGACGAGUAAUUUUUUUAAUUUUGCCCGCCAAUAACCCAGCACGUACCAGAGAUUAAGUAAAGCGUGUUGUCAACACUUUCACCCGUAGAGCACGCAGCUUCCCACGGAGAAACCGUGUGAGGGAAAAUUCAGGGAAAAUGAUGUUUUUCACAAUAACAUAUGAUAUCCGAUGCUGCAGGUGAACCAUGUACACAAGAACGUUUAAUACGAACAAUGCGAAAACACCGCCUAGAGUACGAUUAAAAUUUCCACGAUUUAUAGGAGUAAUUAUAUUUUUGCUUCUGUGCCACGUAGUUAAAAGUAACCGACCACCGAGAUUCUUGAUAGAUGGGCGUUCUGAAAUCGUGAUAAGACUGAAGGAGGGCCCCGACACACCAGUUGGUAGCCUUAUAUACAGACUACGAGGAAUAGAUCCAGAUGGAGAUGCCUUGAAAUUUGGUAUUCGAAACCAAAUCGGUAGUGAUAUUUUAAGAAUAGAAGCCAUUUCAUCCAACGAAGCUAAUAUAUAUUUAGUUAAGGAAUUAGAUAGAGAGGUGCGUGAUGAAUACUCAUUUGUUUUAACCCUUACCGACGGUCACUUGGGUGAGGGUAACUUUAUAACGCAAAGUUUCUUAUUGUUAGUGGAGGAUGUCAACGACAACGAACCUAUUUUUAAACCUUAUCCUUCUGCCAUAACGGUGAAAGAAGAUGCAAAACCUGGAAUUUUAGCUACAGUUGAAGCAACUGAUUUAGACGAAGGAGCUUAUGGUCAAGUUUUAUAUCACCUACAAGAACUGGACGGAGACGAGGAAAGCUUUUCAAUCCAAACUGUAAACGGGAAGGGAGUUAUACGUUUAAUUAAUAGUUUGGAUUACGAACGUAAAUCACUUUAUCAACUUCGAGUCUUGGCAGUGGACAGAGCAAACCAAGGGAGAAUUAAUACUGGGACUGCAGCUAUUCUUAUUAAAGUGCAGGAUAUAGAGGAUCAACCACCAGAGUUUGUGGUAGCUACUCCAGUUACACGCAUUAGUGAAGAUGCACCUGUUGGAACAUCGGUUUUACAAGUCAAAGCUGUUGAUGGGGACCGUGGUAUCAACAAUAGAAUCUCCUACAGCAUCAUAUCAGGGGGUGAGGAACACUUUGAGAUUGACACCAGUUCAGGCAUUGUGUACACUAUUAAUGAACUGGAUAGAGAGGACCCUAAUAACAGCAAUGGGGCUUAUAUUUUGGAGAUUUUGGCUACAGAAGAAUCACAUAUCAUAUCACCACUGCCGAGUGCUACAACCGAAGUGACAAUCAUAGUUACUGAUGUGAAUGAUGAGAAGCCAAGAUUCAGGAGUGAGCGAUAUGUGUGCGAGGUUAUGGAGAAUGCUCAACAAAACACACCAAUUACAUUCCUUCAAGAUGCCAUACCUGAAGUUUAUGAUUACGAUCAGGGAAAGAAUGGUACAUUUGAACUCUACAUAGUUGAUGAUAAUGGUGUCUUUGAUGUGACACCUUUUAAGGGAAUCAAUGAAGCGUCCUUCCUUAUAAGAGUCAAUAAUCCUUUAUACCUUGACUAUGAGAAGGUUACUGUGAUGAAUUUUAGCCUUGUUGCCAAAGAAAUUGUUACCAAAGAUGCUAAAAUGAGUGUGGUCCCAAUCACAGUACACAUAAAGGAUGAAAACGACAAUUACCCCGAGUUCACACAAUCUGUAUACACCGUGUCGAUACCUGAGAACUGCGAUGUCGGCACCACAAUAGCAUGGGUGCAGGCUUUAGAUCAAGAUUCCGAUAAUUAUGGCACAAGGGGAAUUAGAUACACUGGUCUGAGUGGAAGUAUCGCUCAUUUGUUAAACUUAAAUCCAAUAUCAGGAGCCAUAACAGUGAAACAAGCUGGCGGCGACAGUUUCGACAGAGAACUCGUAUCACAGCAUUACAUCACAGUUGAAGCGAGAGAUGAUUUAGGCAAAGGCAAUAGAAAUACGGCACAGUUAAUAAUCAACAUAGAAGAUGUCAAUGACAAUGCUCCAAUGUUCCUUGCCAAUAAGUAUGAGGCAAGGUUGCUUGAAAAUGAGUUGGAGUUUGAAAAUCCUCUUAUUGUAGAAGCUAGAGAUCUAGAUUUAAAUGGUACAAAAAAUAGCCACAUCGAAUAUUCUAUAGUAGGCGGAGAUCACAGGAAGAACUUUUCAAUAGAUCCGAACUUGGGCAUCAUCACUCCUGUCAGUGGUCUCGAUUUCGAACAGAUUCCGGGCGAUAAUUCUAAUAUACGACCUAUUUAUUUGACGGUGCGUGCACAUGACUUCGGUACUCCGCAGCGUUCGUCCACAGCGCCGGUGACAGUGUAUGUGCAAGAUGUGAACGAUCACGCACCUUUAUUUGCGCUCACCAUGUAUAAACGUGCUAUACCAGAAGAUAUGCCUUCAGGGACUAGCGUUAUUGAGGUGAAAGCCCGCGAUAACGACGGUUCGUACCCGAACAAUCGCAUAGUAUACCGCAUACAAAGAGGCGCUAGUGAUAAGUUUGUAAUAGACUCGCAUACCGGCUUAGUGUCUGUUGCUAAUGGUUCCAGUCUAGACCCAGACAGAACGGACCCUAAAGUCACUAGAUAUACUCUUACUGUGGUGGCGUUAGACGGUGGUAUUGGUGAACACCAAUUGAGUGCAUCUGUCCUUGUCAAUAUUACGAUAGUGGAUGUUAAUAAUAAACCACCGAUGCUUGUCGAGCCAGGGGAUGUGCAAGUUAUGGAGAAUAUUCAGGUUGGUACAAUAAUAUAUCGCGCUAUGGCGUAUGACCCAGACGAACAGCCUGUACUACGAUAUUCCAUAGACAAAGAGAACAGUUACGCGCGAAACGAAGAUGGCGUCCAAGUGCUGGCCACAGAUUAUGACUUUUUGGCGCUCUGGGAUUUGAACACAGUCGAUGGUUCUUUGCGCAUAGUUCGAGUACUGGAUAGAGAAAAGGUAGAACUUAUAAAGUUGGUUAUAACAGUAGAAGAUAUGGCCGCAAUACAAGGCGGGCCCAAACAAACUGCAUCAGCCACAUUAACUAUUAUAGUACUGGAUCAAAACGAUAAUAAUCCAAAAUUCAGGAAGCCAUUUUAUAAGACGUCGAUUCCAGAAAAUUCUAAGAACGGGGCGCAUAUUGAAACUCUGCUAGCUGAUGAUCCAGAUAAAAAUCGGACUAUGACUUACGUACUUGAUGGUCCAAGUGCGUCCUUAGGCUUGGUACAUAUCGACAGAAAGUCUGGUGAAGUGGUUGUAUCCAAUAAAAUCGAUCAUGAAAUGUAUCCAUGGCUUAAUCUUACAGUAAAAGCGAUAGAUAGCGGAGUGCCUCCUAGACACGCUGUUGUGGAUUUGUUUAUUCAGGUAUUGGACGAAAAUGAUAACAACCCAGUAUUCGAAUCGCAACCAUUCGAGUAUCACAUUAAAGAGGACACAGAGCCCGGUACAAUCAUUGCUAAUAUUAUAGCUAAAGAUGUGGACUCGGCGGAAUACGGGAAAAUAACAUAUUUACUAGAUCGGAUGUCUACACAGGGAAAAUUCCUUAUAAACGCAGAUACAGGAGCACUAACAGUGUCCGAUUGGUUGGAUCGCGAAACACAAUCUACUUACAAUCUAGUUGUGGAAGCGUGGGAUAACUAUCAGUUUGGUUAUCUAAGUGGAGAGAGCAGGAAUGCCUUUAAACAAGUUGUUAUAAACAUAGACGACGUGAACGACAAUCCACCAAUCCUACACGUGCCAGAAGAUUGUGCGACCAUCAGUGAAUUCCAUAACCAUAGAGAGCCGAUAGUUUCCGUGUCUGCAACUGAUGCUGAUGAUAAUAACCUGCCCAAUGGCAGAGUGCAGUUCCAUUUGGUCGCUGGGAAGGGAUAUGAGCUGUUUCGUUUCGAACAAGUGGGUGGAGAUGCGAACACAGGGCGUCUAUUCGCAAAGCAAUCGUUAAAAGAUAGAUUCGGGAAUUACACACUGAUUGUAGAAGCGAGGGAUUUGGGAUUACCCCCCAAUGCAGUACGGGGAGAAUUGAAGUUAUGCGUUACAGAUUAUAACGAUCAUGCGCCUAUUUUUGUGCAUCCACCUCAAAAUGUCACUAUUAAAGUACCCGAGAACGCAACAAUAGGCACGACGGUGCUAACGGUGCGAGCGAUAGACGCGGACAUCGGGCCCAACGGCGCGGUGCGGUACAGGCUGCGGCGCGGCGAGCGCACGUUCGCCGUGCACCCCGCCACCGGCGCGCUGCGCACUGCCGCGCCGCUCGACCGGGACCAGCGGCCGGUCUACCAGCUCAGGAUAGAGGCGUACGACCUAGGUUUACCGACACCGCUCAGCUCAGACCUAGACUUGACAAUCUACGUACAAAAUGUCGACAACUACCGACCUAGGUUCCUACAUAAACACACGCACAUAAACAUCACGGAAAAUGUAUCGAACUAUAGCACAUUGCUACCGAAUACCAUAGAGAGAGAUGAAAUCGAUAGAGGCGAUGAGCCGGUAUUGCCAGUUUGUUAUUAUAUCGUGGACGGUGAUGGGGAUGCCAUGUUCAAACUGGAUAGAAGUAGUCAUAGAUUAACAUCAAAACCAUUAGACCGAGAACUAAAGUCCAACUAUACACUAACCGUACUAGCGACUGAGGAUUGUUUAAACAAACCUCAAUACAAUGAAAAACUCGACGCAGUUAGUACAAUCAAGGUCCAUAUCAAUGUUGAUGACGUCAAUGAUAACAGACCCAAGUUCAUAAGCAAAAUAUUCACUGGAGGCAUCACUACGGAAGCCGAUUUCGGCAUUGAGUUUAUGCAUGUCAAGGCGGUAGAUUUAGACGAAGGUGAAAACGCCAAAAUAAAUUACUACAUCGUGGGAAGCGUAAAGGAAACAUUAACAGAAGGGUUAGAAAACCUCGCAGUUUCACCGUUCCUUGUUGAUGUGGAUACAGGCGCUAUUACACUGAACUUCGACCCACAGAAAGGCAUGAAGGGAUACUUCGAUUUUAAGAUUCUAGCAAAUGAUACAGACGGACUUUACGACGAGGCGCACGUAUUCAUAUACCUCUUACGCGAGGAUCAACGCGUGCGUUUCGUUCUACGCUCGCAUCCAUCUGAAGUUCGCGACAAAAUCAACAUAUUUCGGGAAAACCUCGCUCGAGUCACACGAUCCGUUGUUAAUAUCGACGAUUUGAGGGUACAUGAAAAUAAAGAUGGGUCAGUGGAUAAUACGAAAACAGACUUGUACUUGCAUCUCGUUAACGAUGAGGAUCAUUCGGUGUUGGAGGUGGAACAAGUGCUGCGGUUGGUUGAUAAGAAUAUCGAACAGCUGGAUGAUUUGUUGAAGGAGUUCAACGUGCUGGACAUGCAGCCGGCUGACUACCAGCCGCUCACGGUGGACUCGGUCGCGUCCACGCAGACAGUGUACUGGCUCGUGUGGACGAGCCUACUGCUGGCCGUACUGCUGGCGCUCACCGUCAUGACCUGCCUGUCGCAGCGCGCGGACUAUGCGCGCAAGCUGAAGGCCGCCACUGCUACUGCGUACUCGUCCCCCACGGCCGGCGACUCGGACAUGACGCUCCGCUCGGGCGGGCGGGUCCCCAACACCAACAAGCACAGCAGCAAGGGCUCCAACCCCAUCUGGCUACACGCGUACGAAAACGACUGGUACAAGUCCGACGAUCAAUUGAGCCGGUCUGAACGAGACUCGCUAGAUGAAAACGCAGUCAACCAAGACAUGUCCAACGAGAAACCCUACUUCAUAACCACCGCCGCUUUCCCGUCCAUACAGUCGAAUGAAACGGAGCCCGAACAAGCCAACUUUGACUUCUAUCAGCAAUUGGAACAUAUGAAGAACGCUAAGAAUAUGGAAACUACAGAAUUGUAGUACGCGAGGAUGGUAAUGAUAUACUUAGUGUUUAAAGAACGUAUUUUUAUGUACGUACUUGAUUGGUUAUUAUUUGGAUCUGAAUUUUGUCAUUUUGUAGAUUCACGUAUUAUAAUUAUAAGUGUAAAUAGGCAAAGAAUAUAUAUUUAUGGUUUAUAGAGUAAUAAGUUUGAAUCGAUGCAUUAAAUGUAGUUCAUAAAUUAAUCUUGUCAAUAAUUUAAUUGUUUAGACAUAAUAUUAUGUGCCUUUGUAAAUGUACCUUUAUUAA